AUGAAAGCACGUAAAACCAUCGGUCAUGAUCCGUGCACGGGAUCCACAAAACUAAGGUCGGGCCCUCCCGAUCCUGACUCAUUCCGCUAUCAACACGUGACUCUCCCCGAACUCAGCUCACAUUCGCGGCAUCAGGUGAGUCCAGCAAUUUCAGAAAAUAUGCCAUCCUCGGCUCCGGUGCCCGCAACGGGCUUUCAGGCUCUCAUUCUAUGCGGUCCCGGCGUCUCUCUUAACACCUUCACAUCGAACCCGGAGGAGUACCCGAAGAGUCUCAUUCCUAUCGCAAACAGGCCCAUGGUGUUCUAUCCCAUCGACUUUUGCAAGCGGUCAGGCAUUACAGAUAUCACAUUAAUCACGCCCCCUUCCUCUCUCGGUCCCCUUCAAGCUGCUCUCAAGCAAAACCCACAUCUCACAUCGCUACCCGCCCCCUCCGUGUCCGUCGUGGCCCCAAAAGACCUCGAAAUGACCAUGGGAACGGCCGAACUGCUCCGUCUUCCGGAGGUUCAAGAAUGCAUCAAGACAGACUUCCUUCUUCUUCCAUGCGACUUGAUAUGUGAUAUCCCAGGUGAAUCUAUACUAGAGGCGUGGUUGCAAGGGGGACGUCGCGGCGGGCUUGCCGUAUAUUAUCAGACACUGGGUCGUGAGGAGAGCGUGAAAGGCGAGGCCACCGACUUUGUCGCUGUCGCGCCUCUCGGGCAGGAUGAAGCUCCGGUAGUAUCACACCUCGUUGAUGGACCUUCAGCCCUGCGGUUUGGCCUAUCAAAACUACUCAUGUCAAUGCCUAUGGAUACUGUGAAGGAGAGGAUGGAACAGGAGAAGGGCUUCCUUGUGCGCCACGCCUUAGUACAGAAGUAUGCCCAGGUCAAGAUGUUGACCAGCUACCGGGAUGCACAUCUUUAUGUCUUUCCCUAUUGGGUGAAGGAUCUAGCUCGUCACCAGGAGAAGCUCGAAUCGGUAAGUGAGGAUCUUAUCGGCUAUUGGGCCAAAGCAGGAUGGCAAAAGGGUCUAGGGGAUAAGCUGGGAAUGAACAAGAUCUUCCAUGAUCAAAGCCAGCACGACAACAAAAGUCACGACGGCGAUCUGGUGGAGGACGAGAUUGAUCUCAACAACAUAAGUUCUACAAAGGUCGGCAGUCCGGCUUCACAAGCUGUGGAACACCCUCAAAUUCUCGCCUAUGUACAACAGGGGUCAACACCCUUUGUUCGAAGAGUUGACAGUUCCGCUAUCCUGCUGUCAACAUCCCUUCGGCUGGCCAAGCUAGACUCGAUCGAGGAAGUUGGUCGCCAGGCAGCAUCGCCUUUUGCGCAUAGCCAGAAAGUUGCCCAUCCUGAGGGUGUGGCCCAACGCUGCACAGUUACAAAGAGUGACUGUUUGCUUGCUGAGAAUGUUACCGUGGAACCAACAUGUGUCAUCAAGGAGAGUGUCAUCGGGCCCAACUGCCAUAUUUCUAGUGGUGCACGACUCACUCGCUGCGUGGUAAUGGACGGAGCAGUAGUUGAGUCCCGAGCUCAGUUGACAGGCUGUCUAAUUGGCCGACGAGCUAGGAUUGGUCGUGAAUGCGUCCUCAAGGACUGUGAAGUCCAGGAUGCCAACGUCGUUCCGGAGGAAACGGAUGCUAAGAAUGAGAAGUUCAUGGUAUUCGAAGGUCUGGAUGAUGAAGGAGAUGAGGGAAUGGACGAUAUGGAUGAGUUCGACGGUUGA